CCGCGCCUGCGCAGUGCGGCGCGGCGCGGCGUGCGGCCGCCAUGUCGCCGCGGAGCGGGCGGCGCACCGGGGCGCACCGGGCGCACUCGCUGGCCCGGCAGCUCAAGACGAAGCGGCGCCGGCGCGACCUGGACGAGAUCCACGUGGACCUGAAGCCCGAGAACGCCGCGCGGCUGCUGCGGCAGGAGAUCGACCCCGACCUGCCGGGCUGCGCCCAGUUCUACUGCCUGCACUGCGCGCGCUACUUCGUGGACCUGAACAGCAUGAAGGAGCACUUCAGAUCCAAAGUGCACAAGAAGAGGCUGAAGCAGCUGCGGGAGGCUCCGUACACGCAGGAGGAGGCCGAGCGCGCCGCUGGCAUGGGCUCCUACGUGCCCCCACAGAAGGUGGAGGUGCAGACCCAGCCCCUGGAGGAGGUCACCGACAUGGAGACGUCGGGCUGAGCGCAGGGACGCGGGACUGAGAGGCUCAGGGGCUCUGUAAGGACGCCUUUGUGCUCAGCUCUGUGAGAAAAGCGUGUCCCAGCACUGGAGCCAAAUCCCUGCUGCUCCCACAGCCCCCCUGGCCGGGCAGUGACGAGGAGAAGGAGCCUGGGUGGCCUCCCCGAGUGUCCCCUCCUGCAGAAAGGGACACGCUGCUUGUUCUCUGAGUGCUGCUGGCACUGCACACUUGUGUGCCUGCUUGUGGAGCAGCUUCUGUCCUUGGCUCACAGCUUAUUCCACCCAUUAAAAUACACAAACUGA